AUGACUUCAGAUAAUGGGAAGAGAAAAGAUCUGAGAUGGAAAUAUAAUUAUUUAGCUAAUGUUGAAGACAAAAAUUCAAUGACUUGCCUCUUUUGUAAUGAAGUCACAAAGAGAGGGAUACAUAGAGCAAAGCAGCAUCAAGUGGGGAAUUUUAAAAACACUACAAAGUAUUUAAAAUGUCUUGAUCAUGUUAGAGAAGAGCUUGCGCAUUAUAUGGCAGAGAAGAAGAGUGAGAAGGAGAACUAUGACAAGAUGCCUGAUUUAAAUGAUAUAGAUAAUAUGAUUGAAAUUGAGGGUGUAGAUGAUGAUGAGGUAGAGGAAGUGGAAGUUAUCCAAAAAGGGAAAAAAUCAUGCUCUAGUAAGAGAGGGGUUGGUAAUAGCACCCAAGUGAAAACUGUGAAAUUAAUGUCAAAGUCUAAAAAAUUGAAAGGUCCCAUGGAUUCUUUUGUGACAUUAAAGCCAAAAAAAGUGGUUGCGCUUAGGAAACAGGUCGGUAUACCAUUCAAUGUUGCUCGUUUAGAUGAAUGUAAAUGGGCAGUUGAAGCUAUUGGGCAAACCAAUAGGGCCUUGAUGAACUUUUUGGUGAAUUGCCCAUCUGGAACCAUGUCUAUGAAGUCAAUUGAUGCAUCAUCUUUUAUGAAAACUGGGGAAAAAACUUUUGAAUUACUUGAUGCAUUUGUAGAACAGAUUGGGGAGGUUAAUGUAGUCCAAGUAAUAUCAGAUAAUGGAUUUAAUUAUGUGUUUACUGGGAAGUUGUUGGAAGCAAAAAGGCCAAAUUUGUAUUGGACUCCAUGUGCUACACAUUGCAUUAACCUUGUAUUGGAGGACAUUGGGGAAAUUCCUAGAAUUGCAAAAACUUUGGAAAGAGCCAUUCAAUUGAUUGGAUAUAUCUACAACCAUUGUGUUAAAUAUGAUGAGAGAAUACACAAACCAAAGAGAACUGGUUAG